AUGGUGCAGUAUUUUGCUCUUCUGUUGAUUCUUUGCAUUGCUGGAGGUUCCCUAGAAACAACGACCACACCUCAACAACAAAAUACUGCAAAGUUAAAGGAUCUAUGCGAGGUAAGAAAUGGACUGGUGAAAAGAACUACGCCCUAAAUUAUGAAAGACAAUUUCUCACUAACAAGCUUCACAGUCUAAAAAAAAUUGAUACGCAAGUUAAGUUAGGCCUGUUUCAAACUUCGUGCCACUGCAGUGCUAAACUGGUCGACUGUAGCACGACUGUAACGCAACUGUCGCAUGAAAAAAUCUAAUUCAGUCAAAUUAAGGUAGUCUAACAAAGUUUGAUAGAUCGGAGUCGUUUCCAUUCAUUUCAGGUGCUAUUUAAGACUCAUUGCAGGUAUAAAGCUCAAAUUUGGCAUGGAAAACAUAUCUAUAAGCGACAAUACGAGGGUGAUUUUUAACCAGUCAAAAUUUUGAUUAUAUUAGGUUUACGCGAAAUCCAGUCAUUAUACUUUCUUAUAAAUUUGCGCAUAGCUUUGAAUUAGUUACUUCCGGAGCCGAUAAAAAAAUAAACCUACCUCUCGUUCAUGAGAAACUUGCUUGUAUCACAAAACUCCUUUGUUCAAAAUUUAUCUUGAGGUUUACAUUGACUUAAGUGCAAUAUGAAUAGGAUUUCUACCAAAUUUCGACAAAUUUUAACGGGUAGGUUUUACAAUAUUACAGGGCCACCCUUAAGAUACAGGGCGUCUAUCUUCGGGUACGAGUAGGCGACCAUAUUGGCCACGUAGUUAAAUAAAAGGCGACCAUUAUUUCCCAGAUGAGUUUAUGACGUUACCAUUCUAGCCGGUAGCCUACCCGUUUUUCCGCGGUGAGGGUAAAAGGCAGAAUGAGUUUGCGGAAUGGCAUUUAGCAUGGCUUCCGGAAUGACAUAAUUAUGCGGAAAGUAAUAUAAUUAUGCAGAAUAACUUAAAGAAAUCAAUGAAACUGAAAAUUGCGCCCUUUUUUGACGCCAAUCAAUUCACAAGCAGCCGCUUUUUUAAUGUUGCUACACGAUGACAAUCAAAAAGCCAGGAAAGACUCCUUGGUUUCUCACGGUCGAUUAGCUUUUUGCACAGCCACAAAGAUGUUACUUGCCUUUAUUAGUCGAGCUGCUGGCAGCACCGAUAAAAGCCGGAAAAUGAAGAAAAAAUGUUUUGGAAGAUCACGCUCCUUUCUGUUUUAAUUUUUUUUCUGCAAAAGAUAUUUGCACGAUUAAAGUCACUUUUUUUACCCGUUUUUGCAUUUGUAACCGCGUGAGAAGUGUGUGUUUUUUUUUUUUAAGACGGUGGGUCACGUGAUAAAUCCCUACAUUCAGAGACCGUGGCUUGUGUUACUUUUGCUUCCUUGGCUGCGUGGUGAAGUUUCAGGCAAGCGAAACAAACAGUAGGCGAAGAAGUGCGAGCUCGAAUCCAGGCAAUCGAGCUUGUGUGCUUUUCCUCUUUCUUUCGUUCUUUCUCUUCUUUUUCUUUUGCUUCCUACUUUUAGCAAUUUUUCUCCUUUACCUUGACCUUCAUAAAGUUAGUAAAGCCGGUAAGGCACCACACUAAAUACAUAUUAAUGACUUGGCUAGUUCUCGAUCAAACGCACACACUCACACCAACAAGAGAGGUGCGAAGAGACGCGGAAAUGCCGAAAGGAGACAGUGAGCAGUUCUCCGUUUCACUCAAUUUGUAGAUUACGGAUUAAUGUUUGACUCGAGGUGUUCAUUUAGUCUCGAAAAAUCUGAUUCGUUCACCGUAUUAAUAAUCCCUAGAAUUGUAGCUAGCCCGACUUCACGUUCAGCAAGCGUUUUUUACCCUGUAGCGUUACGAUAAAGAGUGACGCUUGAUUUGAGUUUAGCCAAGUAGCGCAGGUUAAAAACCCAGACAGAUUUACGACACAGUACGUCUGCUCGAAUUUACGAGGCCUAUUUCUUUAUUUCAUUUGGGUCCACCUAACACCAUCGUUCCCAGGAUCCUCUUUCUUCCUCCUCUCUAUUUUACCUCGUCCGCUGUUACGAUGUUUUUCUAUGUAAUGAGUAGAGUAAAAAUUCAAUAGAAGACUGUUUAAUGUAAUUUGUUUUUGUAGUUUUCGUACUUUCACUGCACUUCACUGGAAAAGAGAUGUGACUAGGGAACCGUUUCAGUUUAUUUUCGAAACGGGUUAUCGAUGACUUAUCAAGUAUCGGUGUAUCAGCUGUGUUUCAAUUUUAGCCUUGCUCGAAUAUAACAGUAAUAAGUAGACCGGCAAAGCGAGUGCUCCUUAAAAUUGGCGCCAAAAAAGGCGCGGGAGAGACGCGCGCAUGCUUUCCUGUUUAAUUUAUUUCUUUUCGUCAUUUUCCAUAAAUUCAGUAAAUUCCGCAUAAUUAUGUCAUUCCGCAAGCCAUGUCACAUGCCAUUCCGCAAACUCAUUCCACCUUUUACCCUCACCGGUUUUUCCGGGGUAAGAGGCAAUCUACCCGUAUUUACGGCUUUGCGUACGGUUUAUUUACCGUACACUUUAUUUUGUAAUUUUCGUACACUGAAACGGUGUAUCUUAAAGGUCUCUAUUGUCGUUCGUUUACACAGCUUAUGAAAUUCAACAAAACAUGCUCUCAAACAUUGCUCCCUUAGUACGUAUACUGAACACUUGGGGGAGGGGGGGCUGAGAUCACACGAUAUGCCUGAAGGCGACGAAAGAAGAUUAAAUUUCUACUGACAACUUCUCGUGAUAAUGGUGUUAACUUGCCAGUAAAUGGAUAGAGCAUUUGAAGAGAAACUGUGUUCAGCCACCUGUUGUAAAAAAAAAUGCACAGAAAUCCAAAAAGAACGGUUUAAUCAACUUUUUAAAUGCAUUCUUCUUAUUUUAAUAAGUUAAAGUAUCUGAAUUUAGUUCGGCACAUCAAUAGCACGACUUAGAUUCAUAAGUAGUGCUUCUGCGUAGCUAAAUUUGAAGUUUGGCACGAGACGUUUUUGGUGUUGUUCCCCGCGCAGAGAAUUCCACCAAGGGCAAAAUACUAUAACAAUACGUUUGCAAGCACCAGCAGCGGCAGUUGUGGCGUUUUUAGACACAAAUAGGUACAUGCUCGCCUUUUGGAGUUAAUUAUAUGGCACCUAAUAGAACCUUAACAUGCGGAAAAAGAAGGCUUGCACCGCAAAAAUGUUACAUGUUGAUGCAACGAGAAUUGAGAAGUAUGGCUCAAAUCUCUCUCAUUCAAAUGACUUCUGAGAAACCCUCCCACUUCGCGUGCAAAACUCGCAUUGAAAACUGAAAAGGCGACGUCAACGCCUGGUCACGUGGUCUUUUUUAAUUAGCCGAUAGAGAUUUUCCCCAUUAGUGUCCAAGUUGACAUUUUUUUUUAUUAUUAUUAUUAUUUUUUUUCAAUCCUGUCUCAACAUGAAGUCUGCAGAAAAACGGCAAAUUGAAAGACUUCUGCAAAGGUGAUAACAACGUGGACUGAUUUUUUUAAACAAUAUUUCAGCUAGCCAUAUUGGCCUUAUUCAGGUUUACAUGCAGAUGCUAUUUAAUUCUCAAUAGAAAUUACCAUGAUGUAGAUGGAGAAUGUCGCAGUAAAAUUUGUUAAAUAGGGAGAGGUGGAAAUGACGUACAACAUAAAAAAGAGAAUAGAGAAACUAUCUAGAUUUCAGUUCGUCACGACGGUGUAUACCAUAAGGUUCAAGAGUCAUGGCCUUUUCUAUCAUGGCUUUACGGACUGAGUCACGUGAAGCUAGAAUGAAUUUUCUCUAGUGGGAUUAACUGCAUGUAAGUGAGAGAAUGGUCAGAGUGAGAGAGAAACUAUUCAGAAACAGUAGUGGGUUUAGGUUUAAUGUUAGUUUUGUUGACUGGUUGUCUGUGCUCGUUAAAUCUGCCCUGGAGUAGUCGCUUAGUUUCACUUAUAUUGUAGAUUGCAGCGGUUACAUUUUAAGUGCUACGUUUUAAGUGUUACAAGUAACGUGCGAAGUGAUAGAACGUGCUUCAUCUUCGGAGUAAAAGGUGUAACUUGUUAAGCCGUCUGUGUACUUUUAGGGUUUUUUUGUUUGUUUUUACUAUUUUGUUUUUAUCAUUGUGCUUCUAAAAUAAGGGAAAGUGCAAGUAUCUCUGACAAUAUGUUUCAUCCUUUCCCGACUAAAUUUUAGUGUCAAUUGGGUCCAUACUAAUCCAUCUUUACUUACAGAAAUCUAUACUCGGUCAUGGUUUUCCUGGCAUUCCUGGAUCAAAUGGCAUGCCGGGAAUGCCGGGUGUCCCCGGACCGCAAGGACCCCAGGGAAGAGAAGGUGCAAAAGGGCAAAUCGGAGAUAAGGGAUUGCAAGGAAUGGCGGGUCCAAGAGGAGACAGAGGGCGCGAAGGGCCUCCCGGAAAGAGCGGACCCCGAGGAAUAAAGGGAAUGAAAGGUGAACCAGGACUUGUGGGAGUGAAAGGAGAGCCAGGCAUUAUGGGAAUGAACGGAAGAAAAGGAGACAAAGGAGAGAAAGGAGAAAGCGUCAAAGCAAGUCAAGCAAGUGUAGUACCACAAACCAACUGGAAACAAUGUGUGUGGAAAUCAGCAACCAGUACUAACAACGGAAAGAUUAAGGUAAACAAUGACAACCCUCUGACCAGAGAAUUUUAAAUUUACAAGAGUACUCCUCGGUGAAUAUAUAAGAUCGAAGAGAGUUAAUCUCAUGUCUCAAGAGAGUGCCAUGUUUAAUGCAAUUGCUGGAUUGCAUAAGGUAGGGGACUAGAUCCACCUAUUAUUUUCAACUCAAGAGUAACUCAGUCGGAAAGAGCAGACAGAGCUUUAUAAUUUUUUUUCUUUUUUUUUUUUAUAAUAGUAAUUGAGCUGAGUGGAGUGCAAUUUGAUCUAAAAUCAUACGCGUGAUUUCAACGCGCGAGUUCGAUUUGAAAUCACAAGUACGACCAAAACUGCACCACACUAAGUUUAAUUAACAUUUUAUUACAGCCAUUUUGAAAUUGCAGAGUUCACUCAAUCCCAAUCUUGAUCUAGUAGCAGGUUUGUUGAUAAGCGGAAACAAAAAGGCUUGUUUAUAGAGUGAAAAUGGCGCGAUUUAAAACAGAAAUGAUGCAAGUUAGACAUGAAUGACGCUAUUUACAUUGUAGAACAGAUGUGAUUUAGAGCAAAAAAGUAGGUUAAUUCAUGACUAUCACUGACACUGUUGAGAGCCAUCGGAUUGGAGGGAUCACCAGAGAUUUAAAAAUGGAUAAUAUUAUUAAUAAAAUAAUAAAGUACAUAAAAGUUUUAUAAAAUGGCCCGACCCACUGCCCUAUGAAAUCCGGUAGUCAAUAAAAUUAUGUUCUCGUAGUGCGUAUAUUCUCAAGGUUUUUGUUGUUUUUGUUGCUGUUCUUAUUGUUGUUGUUGUUUUCUUUGUUUUGUUUUGUUUUGUUUUGUUUUUUUUUUGCAUGACUUCACUCACUCGACAAAGUGAGAGACUAGCGCUUUUUUUAGAAUAGUUGUCUUUUUAACAAUAUAUUAUUCUCUUGCAGGACUGUACUUUUAACAAGCUGACGUCAAAUACAGCACUCAAAGUCUCAUUCCAGGGAAACGUUAGAUCUGAAACUUCCGGUGGAUGCAAUCGGUGGUAUUUCAAGUUCAACGGAAACGAAUGCAAUGGACCAAUGACGAUUGACGCUGUUGUCUAUAACGCUUGGCCAUCAGGGAGAGCAGCUAAUCAGCUGCAUCAUCGGUCAUUUGAGGGGUACUGUGAGAACAUCCCACAAGGGACUGUUAGAGUAGAAUUAUGGGUCGGAAAGUGCCCUAGCCACACCUUAGGUAGUGCGCACACUGGGUGGAAUUCAGUGUCCAGGAUAAUACUAGAAGAAGUAUCUAGGCCUCAGUCCUAA